CUGCUUUAGAGAGGCACGGUGUGAUGAAAAACGGAGCAUAAAAAUUUGAUUUUGAAAAUUUAUUUUACACUUUGUGACUUCCAUAUUAGGAUUUUAUAAGUCGAAGUCUUAUCAGUUAUCAUGGAAAACCUGAAACACGAAAUUGAUGAUGAAUCCUGCACUGGAUCGGAUGAUUUAGUGGAGUACACCUUAGAAGAGCAAGAAGAAUAUCAAGACGACGCAAACCCUUCAUCCAUGGAUGAAUUAGAAGAACUAGUGGAAAUAUCCAGCAUGCCAGACGAUCAGGUUGAUGAGGAAAUGUGUGAUGAAACAUACGAUGUGAAAGAGGAAAGUUACGAAAGACCUGCCGUGAAAGUUGCAGAUGUUCGUACCCAAGGAACCAUGUUUAAAGGUUCUAUAGUAUGGAACAACACAAAUACACUUGAUGGAAAAUAUAAAAACAAAAUAGUGGUGCAACCACAUAGUUCCAUUAGUGGUGGAACAAUGAAGCUACUAAAUUCUACCCAACCUACUCUUCAAUCGACAGCAUCUACAACAUCAUAUCGUUUAGUAAAUACAGACGGUACAAUGAUAAUGAACGUAGCGUCAUCGCAACCGCCGCAAACGGUAAAGAAAAUAAUUUCGAUUUCCAAACCCAACAUAAUCCAACAGGCCAAUACUUCUAAAGUGACGCUCAACCAGAAUGCACGUGUGUUGCAAAUUCAGCCACAAAACUCGUCUCCGGCAUCAGGCACCGUAAAAACAGUAACAAUCGCAAAGAAUGCUCUAACAAUGAAAGCGGUUCCUGCUGGUACAAUUAAAACAUUGCCCCAAACCGCACUACCAGGAACAUCAUCUACCAUACAGAAACCACUUGUUCACUUGACAAAAGCCGCUGGACAGGGGGUAACAAUAGCGCCUCACAGAAUCAUUAAUAACACUUCAUCUCAAGGCGACAGCGAAGAUGCGACAAUUGUUAUCAAGCCGAGCAAUGCCAUAUUGCCGAAGAAACUAUCCACCUCCAACAUACAGCCGCGGUAUGUACCGGGAAUGAAGGGUGUUCAGUAUGUGCGGGUUCUUAACCAGCGGGCUCCCGUGGGAAGUGGUACAACACCAAACAUGAUUUUUCAAACAUUAAACAAAACUCCUGCUGCUAAUUCACCUGUAUCAACGACAAUUGGAUCUGGAAGUGCGUCCGCAGGUACCUCAAAGAUUGUGCUGCAAAAUAAUCGUACCUACGUUGUGCGAAGUGGAAUUGGAGCAGUUGGCACAUCAACAACACCCGUAAGCGGAAAACCAACAGUUCUUCCGACAACCCGGAAAAUUAUAUUGGGAGGAACCAAUGCCCAAUCAUUGGAUCAAAAUAACCCUCCUACGCGUAUCAUUAUUAAAAAAGAGGUUGGUGAUCCGAAGCGCUUGGUAAUUGCGAAACAAUCACAAACGUCCAAUAACAUCAUUUCAAUCGUGAAAGGGGGAAAUAUAAAGAUUGAACCCAGUAAGCAGCAACAACUACCGGACCAAAAUGAGGCAAGCUCUGCUGCGCAGGCAACUGCAUUGGAUGAUAAAAUGGUUGACGUAGAUAUAGAGACAACGCGCAAAAAUACCUCUUAUGGUUUCCCAGAGGAGGCAUAUAAAAAACGGCCAUGUCACUGUACAAAAUCGCAGUGCCUAAAACUUUACUGUGACUGUUUCGCAAACGGUGAAUUCUGUUACAACUGCAACUGUAAGGAUUGUUACAAUACAUUUGACCACGAAGCUGAACGUGAAAAAGCCGUUCGAUGUACACUUGAACGUAACCCUAACGCUUUCAAGCCAAAAAUUGUAACAGACGGAACAGCGGAUGAUGGCACGCGUUUGCACACCAAAGGAUGCAACUGUAAACGGUCCGGUUGCUUGAAAAACUACUGCGAGUGUUAUGAGGCAAAAAUACCGUGCUCUAGUAACUGCAAAUGUGUUGGAUGUCGCAAUACGGAUCAAUUCGCCCAGGAGUUCAACUACUUUGGUCAUCCAGAAACAUCGACCAAAACUUUUGAAGACAGUGCGAAACUUUCGGGCAAAAACAAAAUUAUAUAUUCGAAUGCUAACAAUUCUGUUACAAGUGAAAGUUCGAGGGGAUUGAAGCGUUCUGCAUCUUUUAUCGAAGAUGACAUCUCGGAGCUACCAGAGGGAAAGCAUCCCCAUAACUUUAUGACAUUGGACGUGAUAGAGGCCACCGUCCAAUGCAUGGUAGCGCAAGCUGAUGAAUGUCUCAAAAGAGGAUGUAGCAUACGUACAUCGGAAAGAAUGAUACUGGAAGAAUACGGCCGCUGUUUGCUCGAAAUUAAAGAUUUUGCACUUAAAACGGAAAAUUAAACUUUAAAAAAAUGAACUAGUGCGUACGUGUGAACCACUAUAGAAGUAGCUUAAAAAUUCAUGAUUUUAGUGAAAAAUAUGGGUUGGUUAUCAGGAACAGAUAACAGUGUUUGCGUACAAAACGUAUCAAAUAUAUGUUUAAUUCAUAACUAUGUAAUAAUAUAAAGCUAGUAAGAAGUAAUUCUAGUUACGAUAUAUAUUUCUUUCGAGCACAGUAUAAAAUAAGCACAUAAAGUCGCGAUACAUAAUAAACUUUACAAAAUUUAAGUUAAAUUUACUUUCAUAGAAUACCGAAACCACCAAUUGCCAAUUAAGUGCCAAUUUCAGCCCAUGGGCAACUUAGAGAAGGGUCUCCACGAAAGAAAUCGUUGCACUCAUUGUAUCGACCAUAAAACGAUAAACUUGGUAUAGUAAUGUACAGUAGCUAUCUAAGCAUGCAAUAGAACUCAUAUUUUUUAGUUUAUUUUAUGCUUUCACUGAGAAAUUAUCAACUAUCGAACACAC